AUGAGCCACAAUGACCCUCGUUCGGAGGCUUCCAAGAAGUUGGAUCUGAUAUCCCGAGGUGACUAUACGCCAACACCUGCUGGCAAAGCGACCUUUUUCCUGCUUCGCGCAGCCGAGCCGGUUCUCCAAUAUGGUGUUCUUGCUCAUGGCAUUGGUCCGCCGAUCCUGCACCGUCUUGAACUUCGAACACUUCCUCCAGGCCCCCCAGCGCAUACAGGCAUAGCUGCCAUUGACAAUCUAGGCCUGUCGCCCAGCUAUGCCUUCCUUCUAAGCGCAACAUCAGCUUCCAAGGAGACAGACUUCCCUCAGCCAUCUCUCGUCGUGGGCGGGACAUUGUAUACCGUCGGCAUCCUUACCGAACUUGUGGCAGAGAUCCAGCGCAAACGCUUCAAGUCAGACCCAAAGAACAAGGGCAAGGCCUACAUCGGAGGGCUUUGGCAGGUCGCUCGUCACAUCAAAUAUGGUGGAUAUACGAUCUGGAGGGCAGGCUAUGCAUUGGCCGGUGGUGGCUGGGCUCUUGGUGCGAUGGUUGCUGCGCUGGUUGGUGCGCUCUUUGCGAUCGACUUUUCGACGCGGGCAAUACCUGUACUCAAUGAGUACUGUGAGAAGAGAUAUGGCGAGGCUUGGGGAAAGUUCAAGCAACAGACGCCAUACCACUUGGUCCCUUUCGUGUAUUGA